AAAUAAUGCAAUUCCGGACACUGUACAGCCCUUAGAGGCAUUGGCUAUAUAGGCAGCCGGCGAUGAGCCUUGCCUCACUUCACGUUCUCUGCCUGGUGCUAGACACUAGAGCUCCUUUUGUGACUUUUCUCAGAGCCACUCUCACUUGCCACCCGUUCUUCUCCCUACACCGCCUGCUAGUCAGUAUGGGGGCGGAUAUAAGCAUUUGCUCCAGCGGCCAGAUGGGUGUUGCCACAACCAUCGCAUCGACAGGCACCUACUAUGGGGUUUUGCUCACCAAUGGCGGCAAGGAAAUUUCCGCCUCGAACGCCAUUGCCCAGAGCUCCAGCGCAGCAACGUCGGCACCGUGCGUCGGCACCUGGGACAACGGCGCAUCCGUAACUUGUAACUCCAACGGAGUGCCUACUUCUGCGAUAGACACGGAGGGAAACCCAUGGACUUGCGUGGGCAACACAAGCCCUGUCCCGGGGGCUGAAGAGGAGUUCUCCAUGUACGCUUGCUGUAGUCGCGGCUGAUGAGUGGGAUAUGUUCGCUCGUGUGCUCUUUGUCUCCAUUGGAGGAUAAUUUAUAUAAUACUCGGGUUGAACGAGUUUGACCUUGUCGCAAAGUACU